GUCUGGAAGGGCGGUCCUCCGGAUGGGUCAUCCACCCCUGGGGCGGGAAUGCCCGGAGGAAAGGGGGACGUGCAGGGGGCCCUCAUGGGAGAGAGACUGGGAGGAGCAAGGAACUUCCAGGGCAGAGGGAGGGAUUUGGCCACAGCGCUGACCUCCCUGUGCCGAGCGAGAGACUAGACCCUUGGGGAGACGGGCGCUGCGCCUGGGGCGGGCGCCCCACGGGAUGAGGGUCUCGUCUGCAUUGUAGGGGCGCAGGCCUAGUGCAGGAAGGAUUGGGGUGUAGGUAGGGGUGGGAGGAAAGGAGGAGGGAGUAGGGAUUGGGGGUCGUGGCUGUUGGGAGCACCUGCUCUGUGCUCCCCAUACGCUGCGAGAGCCUUCAGAUCAGCCAGCGCAUCCUCAGGACCUGGUGCCGUGCCCAGCUUGGGCAGUGAGCCGCACAGGCCUGGGUCUGAAUCCAGAUCUUCUGCAGACUAGCUGAGUUGCGCUGGACGAGACACGGGGCUCCUCUGAGCCUCAGGGCUGGACCCAGUGAUCCCACAGAGCCCUUAGGAGAACACCGCCUGCAAACGCCCCCAGCAAAUAGAAGAUUCCUGUGUCUGUUGGCUGGCCUGCCCUGGUUUAGAGUGAAAGCACCAUCAAGAUCUUCAAGGUUCCAGGUGGGCUGCGGAAGAGUGCUUAGGUAAUGACCUUGGUGGAACUUUGAUUGGAUUUCUCCUGUGGGACCACAGCAACUGAUGCCCCUCACUUGGCACCCUCACUGGCUGUGGCACAAUGGACAACGGAAACGCCCAGAUGCACACGGAGGGAAGGAUCAAGGCUCCAGGAGCCCAGCCAAGUCCUGGCAUGAGCACCACCAGCAAGAGGCCUGGUGUUGAGCCUACCGUAUCAGAAAUCAGCCAGGUUGCGUUUCCAGAUGCUGCAGGGAUGGGCAGUGGGAAGCAGCCCUCAUCAGCUCCAGGGGGGCCAGAGAAAGGACCAGAACCCAGCGCAGCCUCAGAGGAAGGGCCUCGGGAGCUCAGGACCCAGGAGCAGAGGCAGCCGGCAGAACCAGGGAAGAAGCCGUCAACCCCGGCACCCCAGCAAGGGCCCAGAUUGCGGCAAGGAGGCCGUGAUCAGGCCAAGCCAGGAAGUGAGCUGGGGGUGCUGCCUUCCAGGGUCCCCGCGGCACAGGAAGGGCAGCAGCAACAGGGCUCAGGGAAGGAGACCAAGGACCAACAGGGGAGACAUCAGAACCCAGGGAUGGUGGAGGGUCAGGCCCCCGAGAGCCACCAGGACCCAGAGUGGCGGCCUCCCCCAGGUCACCAGGCAGCUAAUGGGGAAGACAGAGUACAGCCGGUGAAGGCUUCUUGCACCUCGGACAGCCGUGGGCAGCAACUGGGAGACAAGCCCGCCGAGGAGGUGGACACCCCACGUAUCAGGCCACAGGGGGCUCUGCCAGAGCCUGGCCCAGGGGGACAUGAGGACAGUUCUCAGGGGGCAGGGCCCCGAAUGCCCCCGGCAACUCUGGAGGAAAAGACGGCCAACUCCUUCCCACCACCCACGCCAGGACCUGACCCCCCCAAAAGGAGGGGUCGAGGGGGUGGAGACCCAGCCAACACCAGGGCCUGUUCCUCCACCAGGGAUGAGGGACACUGGAGAGAGGAGGGACCUGGAUCCCGUGCAGAGGCAGCCUCAGGCGCCCACGGUGGCCGCAGGGGCCCAGAACCUCAGGAACCUUCGGCAAGGCUUCAUGAAGUGCUUGCUGGAGGUGGAAGAGGUGGAGGCCACACAUCGGAGGGCGACGGCCAAGGCCCGGGCCCUGCCAAACCGGAAGUCCCCCAGGACCCUGACCCCUGUGCCCACCUCAGCCCCCAGCCUGCUUCUGAUCCUGCCUCAGACCCUCGCGCCGGCCCCUGUGAUGGCCCCAUCCUGGGCCCGGUUGCCAGCCCCCGGGUCAAUCCCCGCCCCUGGGGGCACCCCGGUCCCAGGGCCCGUGGUGGCCCUGCCGCCCCCCACCCUGGACGCGGGCUGGAGAAGGACAGAACUCCUGCACCCGAGCGGAGACAGGAGCCUGAGCAGCUCCAAGGCACGGCAGGAGCUGGAGGAGCGCGGCCUCCUCAAGCUGUCUCAGACCCGGGAGGAGAGGACGGAGGAGACCCUCACCCCGAAGCAGGAGGAAGGACACUCGUCAGAUUGGAUCAGGACCCAUGCUACUGUCACAUCUUAACUUAACCGCCUCCAGGGGCACCUGAGCGGCUCAGUCGGUUAAGCGUCUGGCUUUGACUCAGGUCAUGUGAACUCACUCUUGGGAGUUCAAGCCCCACGUCGGGCUCUGUGCUGACAACUUCAGAGUCUGCUUAAGAUAUUCUCUCUCUCUCUCCUUCUACCCCUCUCCCCUGCUUGCGCGCUCUCUAUCUAAAACGAAACGAACAAACAAAAAGUUUCAAGGGGCACCUCGGUGGCUCAGUCGUUGGGCGUCUGACUUCGGCUCAGGUCAUGAUCUCACAGUUCGUGGGUUCGAGCCCCGCGUCGGGCUCCGUGCUGACAGCUCAGAACCUGGAGCCUGCUCUUAAUUCUGUGUCUCCCUCUCUCUCUGCCCCUCCCCUGUUCACACUCUGUCUCUCUCUCCCUCAAAAAUAAACAAACAUUAAAGUAAA